AUGGAGGUGCCGACGACGGCGUACAAGGACCAGAAGCCGGGCACAUCGGGGCUGCGCAAGAAGGUCACAGUCUUUCAGCAGCCCAACUACACAGCGAACUUUGUGCAGAGCACCUUCAACGCUCUGCAGCAUCAAGGCGCCGUCCCAGAUGUGCUCGUCGUGGGCGGCGAUGGCCGCUACUACACAUCCGAGGCGGUGCAGGUGAUCCUGAAGGUCUCCGCCGCGAAUGGGGUGCGGCGUGUGUGGGUGGGCCAGCACGGGCUUCUCUCAACGCCGGCCGUUUCAACAAUGGUGCGCCGUCGCCGUGACGCGGAUGGGCACAAGGCGACAGGCGCUUUUAUCUUGACGGCCAGCCACAAUCCCGGUGGCCCGGACGCCGACUUUGGGAUCAAGUACAACUCUGGGAACGGCGGCCCGGCACCAGAGAAGCUGACGUCCCAGAUCUACGAGGAGACGGUCAAGAUAACGCACAUCAAGAUGGCCACGACGCUGCCGGAGGUAGACAUCCAUACCCUCGGCACCUACACCUUUGACGACUACAGCUUCCAGGUGGAGGUGGUUGACAGCUUGGCUGACUACGCGGCGUACAUGCAGGAGGUGUUCGACUUCGAGGCCAUCAAGGGACUCGUGCAGCGCGCCGACUUCAAGGUCCACGUGGACAGCCUUCACGGCGUCAGCGGCCCGUACGUUGACCGCAUCUUUCACGAGGGCCUUGGUGUGCCCAAGACCUCCCUAUUCCGCACGAACGUCCUGCCCGACUUUGGCGGCUGCCACCCCGAUCCGAAUCUCACGUACGCGGCCGACUUGGUGUGUGUGAUGGGGCUGCUGCCGGACGGCAACGCGAACCCCGCGAUGAGGCACGUGGGCACGGUGCCCAGCUUCGGCGUCGCGUUUGAUGGGGAUGCAGACCGCAACAUGAUCCUCGGCUGCCGCUUCUUCGUGAACCCGUCCGACUCACUUGCCGUUCUGGCUGCCAACGCUGACUGCGUGCCCUUCUUCACCCAGAGCGGGAGCUCCGGACUCAAGGCCGUGGCGCGCUCGAUGCCGACGAGCGGUGCAGUCGACCGCGUCGCUGCGGCACAGGGCUUCGCGCUCUUCGAGGUCCCUACGGGAUGGAAGUUCUUUGGCAACCUCAUGGACAGCAAGGACGUCUACGGGGGCAAGGACUUCAACCCUCUGCUCUGCGGCGAGGAGAGUUUCGGCACGGGCAGCAAUCACAUCCGUGAGAAGGACGGUAUCUGGGCGUCGCUCUUCUGGCUGUCGGUGAUCGCGAAGCGCAACGCGCCUGGGACCCCGCUGGUCGGCGUCCAGCAGAUUGUAGAGGAGCACUGGGCGACGUAUGGCCGCAAUUACUAUAGCCGAUACGACUACGAGGAUGUUUCCGCCGAGGCCGCGAAGGCUGUCAUGGAGACGGUCGAGAAUACCGCGGUGGCAGACGUGCCGCACCUCAACGGCAUCGCUUGCAAAAUGAUCGACGACUUCAGCUACACGGACCCCAUCGAUGGCUCCGUCUCGACAAAGCAGGGCGUACGUGUGCUCUUUGAGGAUGGGUCGCGCUUCGUGCUGCGGCUGAGCGGCACCGGCUCCUCUGGCGCCACCAUCCGGCUCUACCUGGAGCAGUACAUGGACGCAGCCACGGUGAAGUCGCACUUGGAGGAGACGACGCUGCCGACCGCGAGCACGGCGCUGAGCGCACUCAUCGGGGUUGCGCUGCAGGUGUCCAAGAUGGAAUCUCUGACUGGCCGCAAGACACCCACGGUGAUCACGUAA